AUAAGAUUAAAUUUAUUAUUAAAUCAUUUUAUUAUCAAAGUAGCUGAUUAAACAUACAAAUAAACUGUCAACAUUUCAAAAUUAUUGUCACAAGAUAACAUGGCGGCUUCAAAUUACAAUGGAUAUUGCUUGGUUUAUGGGGGUGUUGGAGCUUUAGGUAGCGGGUGUGUAUCGCAAUUUAAAGCGGCGAAUUGGUGGGUUGUGUCUGUUGAAGUUUGGAAACCAACAGUGGAACCUGAUGAAGGAGCAACAUUAAUUGUACUUCACAAACAUAAAGAUAUUGUGAGCCAAACUGUAAACGUUGAAGCUGAUGUCAACAUUUUAAUUGAUACUUCCAAAAGCAUACAAAACCAAGAAAGUGAAUUACACGAAGCUAUCGGUUCACUUCUUGACGGUAGUUUAUUAGAUGCGGUUGUUUGCGUUGCUGGAGGAUAUAUUCAAGGAAAUAUAAACAGUGAUUUCGUCGAAAGUUGCGAAAGAAUGUGGGUGCAAAAUAUGUGGCCAUCAUUAUUAGCAACACAAAUAGCGUCAAAAUAUUUAAAAGCGGGAGGAAUGCUUUGCUUAACUGGUGCUAAAGCUGCUUUAGCAUCAACUCCGCAUGCAAUAGCCUAUGGUUUUUGUAAAUCAGCUAUUCACCAAUUCACAAAAAGUUUGGGUCAUCCCGUAAGUGGAUUGCCAAAGGAUACUUUAACAGUAUGUUUGUUGCCUGUAACUUUAGACACUGUUAUGAACAGACAAAUGAUGCCAAACGCAGAUGUAUCGGGAUGGACUCCAACCAAAUAUAUAACAGAAUUAGUUGUCAAAUGGGCGCGAGGAGAAGACAGGCCAGCUAAUGGUAGCCUAGUACAAUUUGUUACUCAAAAUUUUAAUACGGAUAUUACUAUCUUAUAAUCUAAUCAAUACCAUGUUACUUUUUAUUUCAACAAUAAUUACAAUCUUUAAAACAUUUAAAUACACAAUGUUUACAUUUGUUAUAAACGAUCAAAAUUAAUUCAAGAUGGUCCUUUUAACUUUGAGCAAUUGAAUAUAUAGAAUAUAAACACAUUAUGAUUUAACCAAUACAAUAAUGAGAAUUUAUAAAUUAAAGAAUUUGUUUUUUACAUUAAUAACCUAUCAUUAAUGUACUGUAGAAUCCAUAAUUUUUUAUCAAUUGAAUUGUGAUCAAUAAAAGUCUGAAAGAAUA